GAAUCCAUUCGGACCAUUCCCUUCCCAGACACUCACUUUGCAUAGUACAAAAACUUUCACACUACCCAACCUCCACGCCUUCACCCCAUCCCACACACACCCCUACUCGGAUACACUAUUCGGUAUUCACCCGCACAUAUAGAUACGUAGGAGUGUAUGUAUUCCUUGCCUCCGAUCUUUUAUUCGCCAAGAUUAUUGAGUAAGUCUUUUCUCUCUUUUCAUUUAUACAGAAGAAGGUAGAUACAACCGGUAUAUGAUUGGGUAUAUAGUAUAUAUGCAUGCAAUUGAGUAGUUAUUGGAAUAAUUGAUAUGGGGCAUAAGAAGCGAAAUCUUGCUUCACGCUCCAAACCCUCACAGCCACCGUCCGCGCCGCCACCGUCCUCUGCAAUCGUCGCCGUCGACAAUAGUGCAACGUUUUCGGCUAAUAUACCAAAUCCCACCACAAAUAUAGUUGAAAAAACUGAGGCCCUAGAUUCGGAAAGCAAGAACGAUGCAAACCCGUCAUCGUAUAGUACAAUCAAGUUCGAAUGUGAGAAGGCCCUCACGACACUGCGGCGGGGGAACCAUACCAAAGCCCUAAGGUUGAUGAAGGAUUUAUGCUCGAAACACGAGAACUCACCUCACUCGGCUUUGAUUCACCGGGUUCAGGGGACCGUUUGUGUGAAGGUCGCCUCGAUUAUUGACGACCCGAAUGCUAAACAGAGGCAUUUGAAGAAUGCAGUUGAGAGUGCAAGGAAAGCCAUGACCUUGUCUCCGAAUUCUAUUGAGUUUGCACAUUUUUAUGCAAAUUUGUUAUAUGAGGCGGCAAAUGAGGGGAAGGAGUACGAGGAGGUGGUGCAAGAGUGUGAGAGGGCAUUGGCAAUUGAGAACCCUGUGGACCCUGCCAAGGAGAGCCUGCAAGAGGAGAGCCAGCAGAAGAUCUCCACAUCAGAGGCUCGAGUUGCCCACAUGCAAAGUGAGCUUAAAUCUUUAAUUCAGAAAUCGAACAUUGCAUCCAUUUCAACGUGGAUGAAGAAUUUAGGCAAUGGAGAGGAUAAGUUUCGUUUGAUUCCAAUAAGGAGGGCCGCAGAGGACCCAAUGGAAUUGAGAUUGGUGCAGGCAAGAAGGCCAAACGAGAUUAAGAAGGCAACUAAGACUCCUGAGGAACGACGGAAGGAGAUUGAGGUGAGAGUGGCCGCAGCUCGGCUUUUACAGCAGAAAUCUGAGUCUCCCCAGUUGGGAAAUGGGGAAAAUAGUAACAAGUUAUUGGAUUCUGGUUUUGGGUUGGGGCAGAGAGUGGCAGAAAGAAGGAAAAGUGGGAAUGUGAGGAAAAAUGCUUCUUCAGCUGAGAGAAGGGACUGGGUCCAGUCAUAUUGGAACUCCAUGAGUUUGGAUGGGAAGAAAGAUUUGCUUAGAGUCAGAAUAUCAGAUCUCAAAGCUCAUUUUAGUUUGUCAAAGGACUUGUCUGCCAGUGAAGUGCUUAAUGAAGCUUUAUCUUUUGGUGAAUCAAACAAAGUUUGGAAAUUUUGGAAAUGCUUUCGCUGCAACGAGAAAUUUGCUGAUGCAGAUUUGUACAUGCAGCAUGUUGUGCAGGAGCAUAUGGGGACUCUGAUACCCAAAAUGCAGUCUAUUUUACCCCAAGGUGUCGAGAAUGAGUGGGCUGAGAUGCUUAUUAACUGUUCUUGGAAACCAUUGGAUUUAACUGCAGCAAUUAGGAUGCUCGAAAAACAAUCAAAACCUGAGGCACCUGAUUUUCUGGAUGACUCGUACCCAAGAAAUGACUCAGAAGAUUCCAAAGAAUUUUUUGUUGACUCUUACUGUAGUGAGUAUGAAUGGGAGUCGUCGAUUGGAAAGAAGAAACUGGGUGAUAAUUGCAAUGUUAGUACCCAAGAGAGCAGGGAAUUUGAAGAUGUUGAGUGGAUGGAUUGUGAUGGUGAUCAAGACAGUAAGGAAAGUCUCAUUAAUAAAAACUGGCCUUCGUCUGAUGAUCCUGAGCGUGCAAAGCUUCUUGAAAAAAUCCAUUCCAUAUUUCAGGCUCUUAUCAAACAGAAGUAUCUUGCUUCAAGUCAUCUUAGCAAGGUUAUACACUUUGCGGUGGAGGAGCUUCAGGGUGUCUUUGGUUCUCAACUUCUUAAAUCCAAUGUGGACCAAACGCCCCUGUGCAUCUGCUUUUUAGGUGCUUCAGAGCUCAAGAAAAUAUUGAAAUUUUUGCAGGAAAUUUCUCAUUCUUGCGGACUGGGUAGAUAUUCUGAGAGAAAUAAUCCCACAGGUGAUUUAAACAGUGGCAUACAGGAUGUUGACAAUGUGGAGAAGUUAAUUAUUAGUCCAGAUGCUUCAUUUUUGGUGCUUGACGAGCAUUUUCUCCCCUGCAAGCUCCCUUCCUCAUCUUGUGAUGAUGCUGGUACUAAUGAUUUCAGUUCAGCAACUGCUUCACGUGUCAACUUUGAGAAUGGCGUUGUACUUGAUUCAGAUGCAUUACUAUACUGGAUAUUUACAGGUCCAUCGAGUGGGGAACAAUUGGCAUCCUGGAAGCGUGAAGGAGAAGAGAAAGCACAGCAAGGUAUGGAAAUUCUGCAGUUGCUUGAGAAGGAAUUUUUCCAUCUACAGGGUUUGUGUGAGAGAAAAUGUGAGCAUUUAAGUUACGAGGAGGCGUUGCAGGCUGUCGAGGAUCUCUAUUUGGAAGAGGGAAAAAAAAGAGAUCAUGUUAUGGAUUUUGUUCCCCAAGGUUAUGACUCUAUACUGAGGAAGCGUCGAGAAGAACUCCUUGAGCGUGACAAUGAAAUGACCCCAAUUAGCAAUAGGUUCGAGUUGGACGCAAUCACAAAUGUUUUAAAGGAUGCUGAAUCCUUGAAUGUCAACCAAUUUGGCUUUGAGGAAGCUUAUACUGGUGUGACAUCUCAUCUUUGUGAUCUAGAAUCUGGUGAUGGCUGGAGAACGAAAGACUAUCUUCAUCAGGUGGACUCUUGCAUAGAAGUUGCGAUACAGAGACAGAAAGAACAAGUUUCUAUAGAGCUCAGCAAAAUUGAUGCAAGAAUCAUGCGAAUUCUUACCGGUAUGCAGCAGUUUGAAGUUAAGCUUGAGCCUGCAGCUGCCAGUGAUUUUCAAUCAAUCUUAGUGCCUCUAGUGAAAUCGUUUUUGCGGGCAAUAUUGGAGGAUAUGGCAGAGAAAGAUGCCACAGAGAAAUCUGAUGCUGCCAGAGAAGCAUUUUUAGCAGAACUUGCUCUAGAUUUUAAGAAGGGUGUUGGUGGAGGUGAGAGUUUAAAACACGUGCAGGAGAAGACGAAGGAUAAGAAAAAGAACAAGGAUAAUCGGAAAAGCAAGGAUUCAAAGGUCACCGGUUUUAGUGAGCUGAAUAUGCUUCGUGAUCAGAGAUCUGAAGAAAUAUCACUUCCAAAUGCUCAUGAUGGAGAUGAUUCAAAUGCUGAAAUUGCUGUAGCUGGGACCGAUGAUACUUUGAGACUACAGGAAGAGGAAUACAGAUGCAUUAUUGAACAAUUUGAACUGGAAGCUGAGGAAAGAAAGCUUGAAGAAACUCUGGAAUAUCAAAGGCGUAUUGAAAACGAGGCAAAACAGAAGCAUAUUGAGGAACUGCAUAAAAAGAUAUCGAGAAUAAUUCCUGAGAAGAUUGAAGCCGUUGCCAUACCUAAUAAUGACUUGAGGCACAACUUUGAUGUCCAAGUUUCCAAUGAACAAUGGACAAAUGGCAAGGUGAGGAUGUCUGUCCCAAAGGUCUCCACAUUGGAGUCACUGAAAACCUCAAUUCAAAAGGAUGAAUUUACGACCAUUCCGGACGGUUUGCUGAAGAACACUACCAAUGGGGCUGCACUGAGAACUGUCUUAGACAAUGGAGGAAUUCCAAAAGAUGGUGGUUUAACUUCUGACCGAAGUUCACGAAGGAGAGGUAGACGGCAAAAGACUCCAACUAGAUUAAGUGAUGGAAAGUAUCGACCACUCUCUUCAGAAAAGGAAAAUACUGAAGUUGGUCAACCAAGAUCUACAAACACAAUCCCUGAAGAAAGCGAUACUGGAACAAAGACAUUGAGACAUCCACAAGCAGAGGAUGAUGAUGAAGAGAGGUUCCAAGCUGACCUUAAGAAAGCUGUACGGCAAAGUCUUGACACGUUGCAUGCACAUCGAAAACUGCCUUUGACGUCGGGUUCAUCAAUUCCACAAAACAUGCUUCCCGAAAUUAGUUAUUCGGGUGUUUCAUCUAUUGAAGUCCCAAGCGAUGGUAUUAACUGGACAGAUGGGUACGGCACAGGGCUGAAAAACGAAAUUGGUGAAUAUAAUUGCUUUCUCAAUGUCAUAAUACAGUCAUUGUGGCAUUUAAGACGUUUCCGAGAUCAUUUUUUGAGGAGAUCAUCGUUAGAGCAUGUUCAUGUUGGUGAUCCUUGUGUCAUAUGUGCUUUGUAUGAUAUCUUCAUUGCUUUAAGCAAGGCUUCCGUAGAUACAUGUAGAGAAGCUGUUGCGCCUACUUCUUUAAGAGUUGCUCUUAGCAAUCUGUAUCCUGAAAGCAAUUUCUUCCAGGAGGGUCAGAUGAAUGAUGCUUCUGAAGUGCUGGGUGUUGUGUUUGAUUGUCUGCAUCAAUCAUUUACUCCUCCACCUUCUGUGUCUGACACUGAAUCGGUAGAUAGCAACUGUAUGGGUUCCUCGGAUUGCACAAAUGGAUCUUGUGUUGCACACACUCUUUUCGGAAUGGACGUAUUAGAAAGAAUGAACUGUUACAACUGUGGUUUGGAGUCCAGAUAUUUGAAGUACAAGUCUUUUUUUCACAAUAUUAAUGCCAGUGCUCUCAGAACAAUGAAGGUUAUGUGCCCUGAAACCUCCUUCGACGAGCUUUUAAACUUCGUUGAGAUGAAUCACCAGUUAGCUUGUGAUCCAGAGGAUGGUGGCUGUGGGAAGCUAAACUAUAUUCACCAUAUUCUCUCAACACCGCCCCAUGUUUUUACAACAGUUCUGGGUUGGCAGAAAACUUGUGAGAGUGUAGAAGACAUAACAGCAACAUUAGCAGCCUUAUCAACUGAGAUUGAUAUAAGUGUCCUUUAUCGGGGUCUCGAUCCAAAAAAUAAACAUUGCUUGGUUUCAGUGGUUUGCUAUUAUGGGCAGCACUAUCAUUGUUUUGCCUAUAGUCGCGAUCUUGAACAGUGGAUUGUGUAUGAUGACAAAACUGUGAAGGUAAUUGGUGGCUGGGACGACGUUCUUACAAUGUGUAUAAAAGGACAUCUACAACCCCAGGUCCUCUUUUUUGAAGCUGUAAACUAGUAAAAUUCGAAGUUGAUAUCACAAAAUACGGGGUUCAGCAUGGCUGUUGUUUAAUCUUGAAUAUAGUUGCACUGGCUAUUUCUGGUCGUGCAAGUUUCUGGCGGAGCUUGCAAAAGAUUUACUUUUUGAACUUACAAUGCUGAUGCCAAGCCCAGAUUGUAUUAUUAAGUCAAGACUUCAGUUAUAUAGAAGAGAAAUAAAAGCAGUUACCUAUAAGAGACGAGGAGAGUUCAAAAAUGUUUCAUUUGAAGAUUGGUGAAUCAGAAAUAGGUUUUGAUUCUCAUGAUACUGAGAUAAGAUGAGUAAAAUUCGGGAUUUAUCUUCAAAUUCAGGCAUCUUUCUAAUCUGAUAUGGUCGAAGACCAACCUGUAAAAAAUAGCAACCACCUGGUUUUUUCGUUAAUGGAAUGUAAUUGGAGCAUGUGAAAGUCGGCAUCUCAAUGGGAACUAUCCUCUGGAUGGUUGAUGGAUACUACAAUUGUACACAGGAAAUUCUUGUACUUAGAUUCAGAUCUCUAUUAAUUUCAGAUACAAAAAAGUUAUGUAAAGAUCAGAUCUCAACUCCUUGGGUGCAUUAUCCCGUGGCCUUGGUAACUUCUCUCUUUCUCAGUUUUCGAUGGGAAAAAUUUUGCGUAAAUCAGUUCCAAGAAGUCUUAAUGUUAUGAUACGAAGUUGAUGGUGGCGAAAAUGAAUGGUAUAAAUUUCCUUUUUUAUCUGCCUUUAAGGUUUUGAAUUGCAACUUUCUGAAUAUAUGGUUGGAUUUACUGCAAUAUCAUGUCAUGGUAUUUAUUGUUUCCA